ACUCAGCUUAGAGCGCGCUCCUCCCCCCACUCCCGCAAUCUUCCCAGCCCUCAGAAACCUACACAAAUGACUUCACCUCCAACCCUCCCUGAGGCUCACAGGAAAAAUUAAAGCACUUCAUUUUAUGGUUCCAAAGCUAUGCCCGUACCUUACAAAGCUUUGUAUUAUUUGUUGUGCAUCUGGCUCAAAACAGAGCGAGCCACACCAAAACGUAGAGGAAAGCUGAGAAGACGCCCUCACAGGCCACUUGUGAAAGGAGAGAGAAAAACUACGACUCCCAAAAGGCAGCGGAGCCGCACGACCCGUGAUUCCCAGCAUCCUCUGCGAGGCUCAAAAUCAUCUAGGUGGCCAGCGCCUCGAGACGACAGGUAAUGUCCGCGGGAGAGUAGAAAGAGAGUCUUGCGGGAAUGGCAACGUCUAAGGAGGGGCCUGAGAGACCGACGGAGCGCCUGGAUAUUGCGCGCGGCCUGGAGAACGUGCCCGUGAGCGCGUGGCCCCCGGGGGCGGAGCCAGAGCCUUUCCAGUAUACUCCUGACCACGUAGCUGGACCUGGAACAGACAUCGAUCCCACACAAAUAACCUUUCCCGGAUGCAUUUGUCUCAAAACCUGCCUCCCUGGUACUUGCUCCUGUCUCCGUCAUGCAGAGAACUAUGAUGAUAAUUCCUGCCUUAUAGAUACAGGAUCCCAAGGCAAGUGUGCCAACCCGGUUUUUGAAUGCAAUAUCCUGUGCCAGUGCAGUGACCAGUGCAAGAACAGAGUGGUCCAGCAAGGUCUACAGUUCCAACUCCAGGUGUUCAAGACGGAUAAAAAAGGCUGGGGACUUCGUACCUUGGAAUUUAUACCAAAAGGACGGUUUGUCUGUGAAUAUGCCGGAGAAGUUUUGGGAUACUCUGAAGUACAGAGAAGAAUUCAGUUACAAACAAUACAGGACCCAAAUUACAUUAUAGCCGUCAGAGAACAUGUUUACAGUGGGCAGGUAAUAGAAACAUUUGUUGAUCCUGCCUCUAUAGGAAAUAUUGGAAGAUUUCUUAACCAUUCUUGUGAGCCAAACCUGUUGAUGAUUCCUGUCCGAAUUGACUCAAUGGUACCCAAGUUGGCACUUUUUGCAGCCAAAGACAUUUUGCCAGAAGAAGAACUCUCUUAUGACUAUUCGGGAAGAUUUCUUAAUUUAAUGGACAGCAAAGACAAAGAAAGGCUAGAUCAAGGGAAAACAAGAAAACCUUGUUAUUGUGGUGCCAGGUCGUGUGCUGCUUUCCUCCCUUAUGACAGUUCACUAUACUGCCCCUUAGGAAAGUCAAACAUAAGUUAGGAAUGAAAAAAUUCCUAACCUAAGAGUCAAAAGAGUCUAUUCCAAGUCCUUCCUAAACACUGAGUUAAAUGCAUUUACUUUAUUACCAUGUUUUUAAAAAUGGUGACACUUCUAUUUUUGAGAACAAACUAAUAGAUAUGGUUCUGUGUAACUGUUAAUAUAAUAAUAUGUAAACAUUUUAUAAUUAUAAAUUACUGUAAAUUAGAAGGUUAAAAGGUAGCAUAUAUCUUUAUGGAAUUAAAACAUAAAAAUUGGCUUCAAUUUGAAGUCAGUUUCCACUGACUUCAUUGAAACUGGAAAUGUGCACCUUGGAAACAAUUUUGGCCCAAGAGUAAUGAAGAUCAUACUUCGAAAAUUAGGCUUUUCAAAUUGAUUUUUAAUGAUUUUUUAAAAUUCCAAAUUUAUAUUUACAAAUUAUCAGUGGCUAAAUGGAAAUUUUUGCUUUAAUUGGAACUAUUUCCUUCUCCCUCUUAUUCUCAAUAUUAUGUCUCAGAACCAGUUAGCUCUGAAGCAUAAGGCAGGAGUAGAUUCAGGAUAUCAACGGGAGACUAACUUGGAUAGAACAGAAGAUUUUAAACUCAGGAAGGUCUUGUUAAAAGGGUGGGGGGAGGUGAAACUUGCCCAAAUUGUUUUCAUUCUCCUGAGUGUUCAAAGAGUAUUUAUGCAACAUAUUUCUAAUUUCAGCUUUGGCACUUUUCAGUGUAUUAGUGUUAAGCAAGUUACUGAACCUCUCUAAAUCUGAAUUCCCUUUUCUGGAUAUAGCAAUAUUGGGAAGAUCAAAUGAGUUAAACCUUGUAAAGGGUUUACCACCAUUACUCAGUACUAGGAUAGCUAUAAUAAAAAAAAGACACAGGGGCACCUGGGUGGCUCAGUUGGUUAAGCACCCAACUCUUGAUCUCAGCUCAGGAACUCGAUCUCAGGGCUGUGAGUUCAAGCCCCACACUGGAUUUAAAAAAUUAAAAAAAUUUUAAAAGACACAAGUGUUAACAAGGACAUGGAGAAAUUGGAACCUUCAUAUAUUGCUGGUGGAGGUGUAAAACUGCACAGCUAUUUUGUAAAGCCUUUGGGUUAAUUCCUUAAAACAUUAGAUAUAAAGUAAACCACAU